AUGCCGGGAUCAGACAGGCAAGCUUCUAAUCCAUCGGAUAUAAGCGAUAUUGGGGGAGGGGGAUUCAAGAAACAAGACCUCAGUGCAGGGGAGGCAACAGGUCAUUCUGUACUUGCUUAUAUGCCUUCAGGGGCAGCUGGUUAUGACAACAUAGUGAUAUUUGUUCAAUUGGCUAGCUAA